UUAAUAGGCAGUUUAGAAACCGAAUGUAUGCUUGUUUGUCGUGUGAGUGUCAUUCUCAUCACUGAAGAAACGAGAAGAAGGAUUUUAUCAAUCCCGCAUCAGAAGCAAGUGCGUGUACUGCAUCGGUCGCUCCACAGCUUCACAUGUGUUCCGCUAAUCGCCUAGUCUGGAAUCGAAAAACCUCGUGAAUCGUACACAGUCAAGAGAAGCGGACGUUCGCUGUCUCCGAAAAAGAAAAUCGUUCAACAUCACCAACAAGUAGUUCAUGGGGAUUGACACUCGUUCAGGUCGUUUACGGUCGGGGAACAUCAUGUUGCUUCUCUCACUCAUACAUUCGUUCGGAUCGUCGCUUUAACCGUACUAGCAUUCUUCAUUGUACUUGACCUUGAAUGUCAUACAACAGGAACCCACUGAAGAUUGAUGGUACUUCUUCUAGCGAGAAUAAGUACUGCCACUAACCUAUUUCCGAAAUAGUUCUGCUCUGCCGUGCCAUUGCUACCUGAAAAAGCUUUGACUUUUCCCGUUUGUCAACACACGACGUCAAAGAUUCGCAACGUUCUUCGGAUUCGAAAGCUGAAACAAGAAGAUGACAUCUCGUCCUUCUCGGGAAACGGAGCAGCUGAUCUCCUUUCACCUCUCCCCGGCGAAAAACAAGGAAGGCGAGGCAGAUGAAAAAAUCAAAAAAAGGAUGGCCAGGUUAGCCACUACAACCAGAACGAGGAAUCCAGGUGAAACCAAGCCACUACUCAGCGCGAUAGAAACCUGGGGGACAUGGGUAAAGUAGUUUUCUAUCUGAUUGUGAUUUUUGAGAUUUUGAUAGCGCAGAGGGUGCAUUCGAAUUCGCUCCUUCUACUUCCUGUUCUUUAGACGGUUCUAUAUGAUCUUUGAGCAAAAGCAAAUAGACUAGUACGCUUCACACCAAGCUGCACUAGUUCCACUUUAGCAAUUUUCCGCUCUCGAAUUAUUUUACAGCUGGACGUGAAGAGCAACAAGCACGUAGCACGAAACCGUUCGGUUCCGCAGCCCGCAUCAACGCCGGGUUUGGUAUUGGAAAAAUUUGACGUUUUCGCCGGCUUCGACGCGAGUCAAGUUCCAAAGAGACGCAAGGGGAGGCGAUUCCGAGGCGACUUCAUGUCCCUGAACCACCGGAAGCCGAUCCACGAGGGCAGCGAGAUGCCGCCGCUCGUUGGUAUUCAUGUUUCAUCUUCAGUGGACUCAGUAACUUUUUGGAAUACAACGGUGCCAAUGUGUGCAUGAGUCAAAUCUUUCACUUUCUUGGAUGCUAUGAGUUUGAGUGUAAUAGAGAUAUAUAGUGGGAGUUCGAGGAUCUGGAUCGUGUUUUUCGCAGGAUCAACUGUCGACAAUGUCAAUGACAAACAGGUCCGGGGCGGUACAAUGUGGAGCGGAUUGGGGAGAUCGACCCGAAGAGAGUGAAAGAACCCGUGUCGAAGUUUCGCCUCGCGUCGUCCGUUGGGUUUACCAUGGACGAGAGGUGGAAAGGAAAAUCGGGCUUCGACUGGAGACCUGGUAAGUACUUAAAUGCAUCUGUUUAUCGAUGCAGCUUAUUAUUUUUCCGACCAUAUGAAGAUGUAGAUGCUACAUCUAGUCUACAUGUACAUCGACAUGCGAUGCUGAGCAGUUUCUUUUUUGAGGAGUGCUGGUGUGCGGAAGUGUAUAGAUUGAUGAAAGAAAGUGCAUCGGAGAAAAUUUUUCGUUAAUGCAGCACUGUCGUCUUGUGAAAUUGAAAAACAGGUCCAGGAGCAUACGGUGUGCCCUAUGUGUCGAUGUUUCCCGAUGAAACCGAAACGCGGCCCUGGCGGCCACGGGGGACCGUUUUCGGGCCGGACAAGCAGCGAGGGUUCAACAACCGGGCAACAACGAACACGCUCUUUGCAAGGACAGACGGCUUGGAAGCUUUGCAAGACUCCAGGGCGAAAAUACUUGCUAUCGAAGAGGAAUACAAAUAGGACGAUUUCGUCGAUAUAUAUCGUCUUUCGGACCGCUGUAGACUUUUGUAAAUAAGGAAGGCGGAUCCGGAUUAUCUUUGUCACUGAAGCGGUUUUUUGUAUGAUCUCAUCUCCCCCAUUUUCUAGUUUUGAAUGUACACGCGACAACAUCAGCAUGAUGCUCAUAGUUGUAAAAGUAUCCAUUCCCUCACCUUUGUUCCUGUCCCUGGUGGAGUAAUGUUCAAAGAACUUUUCAAUGGACUCACACACACACUCAUCGGGCAUUUUUUCAGACCACGCACCAGCACGGAAUUGAUAAUUCCCAUGUAAAUAGUAUCAAACACAGGCACGCAAAGGCAUGAAAAUGAAAAUGCUGCACCCACUCCAGUACACUUGAAGUAGAAGCAUGUUCGAGAUUCAAAUUGUAAUCGGCUUCGGUGUUUUUUGUGCGGACAAUGCGACCACUCAGCCUUUCGAGGUUGACCCACACGAAAUAAAAGUCCACGAUUAAAUCAAAAAAAAUCGAUUUCAAGGCUGAAAAUGCAGCGAGACAUGAAUAGAGAUCCACUCUCAACAACUAAAAUCCACAAAAC